CUGUGCAGUGCCCGGCACCCUGGGUCCAGCUGUCUGCCUGGGGAUCCUGGAUGCUACCGCAGUAGGAAUAAGCAGGACUACUAAUCGUUCAUAAUUAAUUGGGCCCUAGCUAUCUAUUGAGCUUUGGGUUUUAUCCUGCUGCCCAGCACUGUAGCGUCUGGGUGCCUGCCCUGUCAAAUUAAUGGGUCUUUCUGUGCUUCCCCCUGUACCUUCCCCUCUCCUCCCUGUGCCUCUGUUGUGAUGUACAGAACCCUGAUCUCUGCUGAGGUCUGCACACUGCCUGGCACACAAUGGGGGCCUUGAUCUCAGUGGCGGGUCUGUGCAGUGCCUGGCUCCUGAUCUCAUGCAGGACUGAGAUUAGGAUUCGGCUCUGCUCAGGCUCCCAACUGAGAGACAGCCUCUGCCCCAGGAGUUUACAGUCAAAACAGACAAAGGAGGGGAAACAAAGUCAGAGACCUGUUCAUGGCAAAGCUGGGGCUAGGAACCAGGUGUCUUGAGUCUUAGCCAGUUCACUCCCCACUAGACCACCCAGCCUCCCCUGGAAAGCGACCAGCGACUCCCUGAGUCUGGAUGGCAGCCAGACCCGGGACAGGAAAGAUGCGCAGUGGAAAGGUCUCGAGAAAGGCGGAGCUGGAACUGGGGGACUUGAUUGAGAUCUUCCGCUUCGGAUACCAGCACUGGGUCAUCUAUGUGGGAGACGGCUACGUUGUUCACCUGGCACCCCCCAGUGAGAUACCCGGGGCGGGCUUUGGCAGCCUGAUGUCCACACUGACCAACAAGGCCCUGGUGAAGAAGGAGCGUCUCCUGGAUGUGGUGGGGAGGCACCGCUAUCGGGUCAACAACAAGCAUGACAGGAAGUUCCCUCCGCUGCCGGCGGGGAAGAUUGUGCGGGCCGCCGAGCAGCUGGUGGGCCAGGAGAUGCUUUACAGAGUCACCAGUGAGAACUGCGAGCACUUCGUCACUGAGCUGAGAUAUGGCGUGGCCAGGAGUGACCAGGUGCGGGACGUCCUGGUGGGGGUGAGCGUCGCUGGGCUGGGGCUGGCUGCUCUGGGCCUCCUUGGGGUUGCAGUCCAAAGGAGAAGACGCCAGAACCAGUAACAGACUUGAGUGGAUCAGAGGGGUUUGGGGUUCUUUUUUGGUGUUUUUUUUGAUCCAAGCAGAAGAGACUUUGCAGCCGUUUUGGGGGUGUGGUGGGAGCUUCAUAUGUGUUGCUCUGUCCUCUCUUUCGGGUGAACACCCUCCCCUACCCCCUUGCCGGCACCAGCACAAGAAUAAAACCAGGAGAUUGGUACAAAGUCA